UGCAGCAUCCCGGCCGGUGGCAGAGCUACUGGUGACAGUGGAGGCUGCAUCUUUGGCCACAGACGCAGCUGCUAUUGUUCCCUGGUGGUGUUAGAUAGAUGCUCUUUCUCUCUUUUAAUCAGAAGCGAACAAUAGCGGGAAAGAGCUUUGCUUUCUCUACUUGGAAAGAAUUCCCUACCGGACUUGCCCAGCAGCGGAUCCAGACCCUGGAGCGGCUGCUGCGGGCAGCAUGGGACUGCCAGGGAGGCGCUGGGCGUCCGGGAACCAGGGCGCUGAGGGGCCACUUCGGGGCGUCCUGCAGCUGCUCCUUCUGCUGCUGUGCCCAGGUGCCUGCGGGGCCGCGGGGCUAGGCAACUCGGAGGCGCCCACCAUCUAUCUGUGGAAGACUGGUCCGUGGGGCCGAUGCAUGGGAGAAGACUGUGGUCCAGGCGGCAUCCAAACUAGGGCUGUGUGGUGUGCUCACGUGGAAGGCUGGACAACACUCCACACAAACUGUAAGCAGGCUGGGAGGCCUCACAACCAGCAGAACUGUUUCAAAGUGUGUGACUGGCACAAAGAGUUGUACGACUGGAAGCUGGGACCCUGGAAUCAGUGUCAGCCUGUGAUUUCCAAGAGCCUGGAGAAACCUCUGGAGUGCACGAAGGGGGAAGAGGGCAUCCAGGUGAGAGAGGUAACGUGCAUCCAGAAAGACAAGGACGUUCCUGCAGAGGACAUCAUUUGUGAAUACUUUGAGCCCAAGCCCCUCCUGGAACAGGCUUGCCUCAUCCCCUGCCAGCAAGACUGCAUCGUGUCUGAGUUUUCUGCCUGGUCUGAAUGCUCCAAGACCUGUGGCAGUGGACUCCAGCACCGGACUCGGCACGUGGUGGCACCCCCCCAGUUUGGGGGUUCAGGUUGCCCCAACCUGACCGAGUUUCAGGUAUGCCAGUCUAGCCCUUGUGACGCCGAGGAGAGCUUGUACAGCCUGCAGGUGGGGUCCUGGAGCUCCUGCUCCAUGCCACACCCCAGACUAGCCAGGCAAGCGGGACGACGCAGAAAGAACAAAGAGCGGGAAAAGGAGAGAGGCAAAGGGGUGAAGGAUCCAGAGGCCCGAGAACUGAUAAAGAAGAAGAGAACUAGAAACAGGCAGAACAGGCAAGAGAACAAAUACUGGGACAUCCAGAUCGGAUAUCAGACCAGGGAGGUUAUGUGUAUUAACAAGACGGGGAAAGCUGCUGAUUUGAGUUUCUGCCAGCAAGAGAUACUGCCAAUAACCUUCCAGUCAUGCGUGGUCACCAAAGAGUGCCAGGUGUCAGAGUGGUCGGAAUGGAGCCCUUGCUCAAAAACAUGUCACAAUAUCGCAUCCCCCACGGGCACUCGUGUUAGGACACGGACUGUCAAGCAACUUCCUAUUGGGAGUGAACACGACUGUCCAGAACUUGAGGAACAAGAACCCUGUGUGUCACAAGGAGAUGGAGUCGCCCUCUGUGCCACGUAUGGCUGGCGAGCUACAGAGUGGACAGAAUGUCGUGUGGAUCCUUUGCUCAGCCAGCAAGACAGGAGGCGGGGCAACCAGACCGUCCUGUGUGGAGGAGGUGUGCAGGCCAGAGAGGUGUACUGUGUGCAAACCAAUGAAAAUCUCCUCUCUCAUCUAAGAACCCACAAGAGCAAGGAGGAAAGUAAGAUUCAGAGUGCAACGAAGUCUAGUGCUGCACCUUACCUAUCCAUCACUUUUGAAAUAACAACUUCAAAACCAGUGGACUCAAAAUUAUGCACUGGCCCUGUCCCAAAUACUACACAGCUGUGCCACAUUCCUUGUCCAAUCGAAUGUGAAGUUUCAUCUUGGUCAGCUUGGGGACCUUGUACUUAUGAAAAUUGCAAUGACCAACAAGGGAAAAAAGGCUUCAAACUAAGAAAGCGGCACAUUAUCAAUGAGCCCACUGGAGGCUAUGGAGGAACAGGAAACUGCCCUCACUUACUGGAAGCCAUUCCCUGUGAAGAGCCAUCCUGCUAUGACUGGAAAGCAGUGAGGCUUGGAGACUGUGAACCGGACAAUGACAGGGAAUGUGGGCCAGGCACUCAAGUUCAAGAGGUGGUGUGCAUCAACAGUGAUGGAGAAGAAGUGGACAGACAGCUAUGCAGAGAUGCCAUCUUCCCCAUCCCUGUUGCCUGUGAUGCCCCAUGCCCAAAGGACUGCGUGCUCAGCGCCUGGUCCACAUGGUCCUCCUGUUCACACACCUGCUCCGGAAAAAUGACAGAAGGGAAACAGAUACGUGCACGUUCCAUUCUGGCCUAUGCAGGUGAUGAAGGAGGAGUCCGCUGUCCCAAUAGCAGUGCUUUACAAGAGGUGCGCAGCUGUAAUGAGCAUCCGUGCACUGUGUACCACUGGCAAACUGGUCCCUGGGGCCAGUGCAUCGAGGACACAUCUGUAUCGUCCUUCAACACAACAACAACUUGGAAUGGCGAGGCCUCCUGCUCUGUUGGCAUGCAGACACGGAAAGUCAUCUGUGUGCGAGUCAACGUGGGCCAAGUGGGACCCAAAAAGUGCCCUGAAAACCUUCGACCUGAGACUGUGAGGCCAUGUCUGCUUCCUUGUAGGAAAGACUGCAUUGUGAGCCCAUACAGUGACUGGACAUCAUGCCCCUCCUCAUGCAAAAAAGGGGACUCCGGAGUCAGGAAACAAUCUCGGCAUCGAGUCAUCAUUCAGCUGCCAGCCAAUGGAGGUCGGGACUGCACCGAUCCUCUCUAUGAGGAGAAAGCCUGCGAGGCCUCUCAAGUGUGUCAAAGCUACAGGUGGAAGACUCACAAAUGGCGCCGGUGCCAGUUAGUCCCUUGGAGUGUGCAACAGGACAUCCCUGGAGUGCAGGAAGGCUGUGGGCCUGGACGACAAGCCAGAGCCAUUACUUGUCGAAAACAAGAUGGAGGGCAAGCUAGUAUCCACGAAUGCCUUCGGUAUGCAGGCCCUGUACCAGCUCUGACCCAAGCUUGCCAGAUCCCCUGCCAAGAUGACUGUCAAUUUACCAGCUGGUCCAAGUUUUCUUCCUGCAAUGGUGACUGUGGUGCGGUUAGGACCAGAAAGCGCACGAUUGUUGGCAAAAGUAAAAAGAAGGAAAAAUGUAAAAAUCCCCAAUUGUAUCCCCUGAUUGAGACUCAGUAUUGUCCCUGUGACAGUCACAUUCUUCAGCCAGUGGGCAACUGGUCGGAUUGUAUUUUACCAGAAGGAAAAGUGGAUGUCUUGAUGGGAAUGAAAGUACAAGGAGAUGUCAAAGAAUGUGGACAAGGAUAUCGCUACCAAGCAAUGGCAUGCUAUGAUCAAAACGGCAGGCUGGUGGAAACAUCCAGAUGUAACAGCCAUGGGUAUAUCGAAGAGGCCUGCAUCAUUCCUUGCCCCUCAGACUGCAAGCUCAGUGAGUGGUCCAACUGGUCCCGCUGCAGCAAGUCCUGCGGAAGUGGCGUGAAGGUUCGCUCCAAGUGGCUGCGAGAAAAGCCAUACAAUGGAGGAAGGCCCUGCCCCAAACUGGAUCAUGUAAACCAGGCACAGGUGUAUGAGGUCGUCCCAUGCCACAGUGACUGCAACCAGUACAUAUGGGUCUCAGAACCAUGGAGUGUGUGCAAAGUGACCUUUGUGAAUAUGCAGGAAAACUGCGGAGAAGGCGUGCAAACCCGGAAAGUAAGAUGCAUGCAGAAUACACCAGAUGGCCCUUCUGAACAUGUAGAAGAUUAUUUCUGUGACCCUGAAGAGAUGCCCCUGGGCUCCCAAGAGUGCAAAUUACCAUGCCCUGAGGACUGUGUGAUAUCUGAAUGGGGUCCCUGGACCCGAUGUGUUUUGCCUUGCAAUCAAAGCAAUUUCCGGCAAAGGUCAGCUGAUCCCAUCAGACAACCUGCUGAUGAGGGAAGAGCCUGCCCCAAUGCUAUUGAGAAGGAACCCUGCAAUCUGAACAAAAACUGCUACCACUAUGAUUAUAAUGUAACAGAUUGGAGUACGUGUCAGCUGAGUGAGAAGGCUGUCUGUGGAAAUGGCAUUAAAACAAGAAUGUUGGAUUGUGUUCGAAGUGAUGGCAAGUCAGUUGACCUGAAGCACUGUGAAGAGCUUGGCCUGGAGAAGAACUGGCAGAUGAACUCCUCCUGCGUAGUGGAAUGCCCUGUGAACUGCCAGCUUUCUGAUUGGUCUCCUUGGUCAGAAUGCUCACAAACAUGUGGCCUCACAGGGAAAAUGGUCCGAAGACGAACAGUGACCCAGCCCUUCCAGGGUGAUGGGAGACCUUGUCCUUCCAUGAUGGAACAGACCAAGUCAUGUCCAGUGAAACCAUGUUAUCGGUGGCAGUAUGGCCAGUGGUCUCCAUGCCAAGUGCAGGAGGCCCAGUGUGGAGAAGGGACUAGAACAAGGAACAUUUCUUGUGUAGUGAGUGAUGGGUCAGCUGAGGAUUAUGGCAAGGUGGUGGAUGAGGAAUUCUGUGCUGACACUGAACUCAUCAUAGAUGGUAAUAAGAACAUCAUAAUGGAGGAAACCUGCACCCAGCCUUGCCCAGGUGACUGUUAUUUGAAGGACUGGUCUUCCUGGAGCCUGUGUCAGCUGACCUGUGUGAAUGGUGAGGAUCUAGGCUUUGGUGGAAUACAGGUCCGAUCCCGAGCAGUUAUUAUACAAGAACUCGAGAAUCAACAUCUAUGUCCUGAGCAGAUGCUGGAAACAAAACCAUGUGAUGAUGGACACUGUUAUGAGUACAAGUGGAUGGCAAGUGCUUGGAAGGGGUCGUCUCGAACUGUCUGGUGUCAGAGGUCAGAUGGUGUAAAUGUUACAGGGGGCUGCUUGGUGGUGAGCCAGCCUGAUGCUGACAGAUCUUGUAACCCUCCCUGCAGUCAACCCCAUUCAUACUGUAGCGAGACAAAGACGUGCCACUGUGAAGAAGGGUACACCGAAGUCAUGUCUUCCAACAGCACCCUGGAGCAAUGCACGCUUAUCCCUGUGGUAGUGAUACCCACGGUGGAGGAGAAACGAGGAGAUGUGAAAACCAGCCGGGCUGUCCAUCCUACCCAGCCCUCCAGUAAUGCAGCAGGCCGGGGGAGGACCUGGUUUCUACAGCCAUUUGGACCAGAUGGAAGACUAAAGACCUGGGUUUAUGGUGUAGCCGCUGGGGCAUUUGUGUUGCUCAUCUUUGUUGUCUCCAUGAUUUAUCUAGCUUGCAAAAAGCCAAAGAAACCCCAAAGACGACAAAACAACCGGCUGAAACCAUUAACCUUAGCUUAUGAUGGAGAUGCAGACAUGUAACACAACUCUUCUUGGCAACAACCAGUUUUGGCUUUCUGACUUGGUAGUAGCUAUUGAGAGGUCUCAUUGGUACUGUCCAACUGUGCAGGUUAUCACUCAUUUUAGCUUUGUUAAAAGAGUAUCCUCAAGAAAGAAUACCAUACUGCAACUGGGAGUAAUCAAGCCCAUGCCACGUGCAUACAGACCACCAGGACUGACACUUCUAGGAUCCUUAGUUCAAUGCCUGUUGCAUCUUGAAAGCUUUGUGUCACCUUUACUGCAAUCUGCUAAUUGAAGAGUUACAUUCAUCUCUGAAAAAUCCUGGUGAAACUGGCCAGCAAGACUAUUUGCAGUACCAACUAUUGCACAGAACUUCCUAGCAUGGAGAGUUUAUACUGCAAGUUCUGCAGUACUAUAGUCAAGCAUAAGAACAUGUAUACUCAAUUGAAUGCUACACAUAACAAUAUCAUAUUAUGCACUUAUCAUAAGCAAUCUUCACAGUAAAGAAAGAUAACCUCCAAGCUGAGCAGAAAACCCACGCAACAAAUUCAGCAUCUUUGUGCUUGAUGGUAGCUGUUAUUGAACUGUAUUUCAGAGACAAAGACUCUUAUGACCCUUCAUUCUUAUCUCAGUUCAGUGUACAAAGCUGGAUAUGCUACUAGUAUUUGAGAAGCAGAAGAGUCCUCAACUUUGGUAUUUUAUGGUGGUUUAUUGUCUGGAAAGCUAAUUGUGUCAAUACAUUUCUACUUCCCUGAAUUUUCCAACUGGUUGCCUACAAUCUUUUUUGCUGUAUCAAAGGCACAUUUUUUGCACUAUAUUAGUGCAGUGCGAUAGGCACCCAACCAGUGUUGAGCAUAGAAACUGCCUCUUUCCAUGUGGGAUGGACAUCUGGGCCAGGAGUGCCAGGGAGACGUUUGUAAGUUCCUGCAUCCUGUCCUUCGGAUGGAGACAGGAGGGAUUCUGCCAUGACACUGCUGAUUACAUACUUCUUCAUUGCCUGCAGCCAUUGGGAAAUCCACACCUGGCAGCAAUUUAUGUAUUGAAGCCCCAAACCCACUGACUCUACAAAACACGGAUCCUGAUAGUUGCUUUGUAAUUGUUGUUGGAAGCUUGUUUAUGACUAGAUUUUAUAUUUAUCUUUGUUUAAAAAAAGAAAGAUAAGGAAAAAAAAGAACUGGUUGUCUUUUUAAUUUCAAGCCUGUGGAGAAAGAAAGGCAUCACUGAUUUUUUUUAACUGAAAGAAAUCAAACUUGUGUGUUGACUUUUCUUCCUCCCUGAUUUGGAGAUUGAAAGUCUGUCUUGCAGGCAGUAUUUCAAAAUCUGCGGUCUUUUGCCUUUCUCACUGGGAAAAUUUGAAGCUUUUUUUGAUGUAUGAUUUCAAAAUCUAAAAUUGUAUGGGAAAAAUGAAUGAAUCUCUGGCCCAGAUCUUGAGUAAAUAUCUCGACCAAGGGCAGUAAACAUUCUUUGUGAAAGGUCAGAUAGUAAAUAUUUUCAGUCAGGUCUGUGUUGUCAUUUCUCAACUUGGCUAUAGAUGAGCAGUGCUUCCUGUGUAAUGCUACAAGAGAUGACUCACACGAAGCAAAGGAAUGAACACGGCUGUGUGUCAAUAACACACUAACAUCAAACAAGUCACCUCUUCACAUCCAAAUCUCUGACCCCCCCCCACGUGUUUUUUACGGUAUUAACUUUCUAUUGUAUGAGGUCUAGUUUUCUUUCACUUUCCCUCUAUCUGUCACCAAGGUUUAAUUUCAAAAGCGAACAUUCACAGUCAUUAAGUUUAUCAUUGCAUUGGAAGUAGCUCUGUUUUCACAGAUGUAGCCCUGCCAGUGUUACAGUGGAAUAAUAUUUAUUUUAGUAGACUUCUUUCUCUAUAAAAAGAAAGUUCAAAACAUGGCAUUAAAAAGCAAUAGCAUUUUUCAGGCGACAUUUAUAGCAGCGACCUUUGGGAAAAGGAGAAACAUUAGGUUUUCAUGUUUUUUAAAAAGAAUAAAAGUUAUUUUCCUCUUGAACAUACUUACAUUGCUGUAACAGCAAUUUGGAAGAGCAGGUAUUCCCCCCCACACCACCCCCCUUCCUGGAGUAUACUGUGGGUUUUGAGCGCCCUCUGCUGUCUAUUAUGGUAUUUGGAAAGUUACAACAAAAGAAAUCAGGCCAUGGUCCCCCAAAGACAAAUAUUUCUACUUGUUUCCAUAGAACUAAAUGAGGUAAGCAUUUAUUCCUUUUCCAGUAUUGAUUGCAUUAGACAAUAGAAAGAAUUUUGAAGAGAACC